CAGAAAGGGGCCUCAUUAUGCUGUGUGUAUGAUGCAUGUAUCAUGUAAAGAAGUGAUGAGUGUAGGAGGAGCGUGACUUCUCCGACAAAUUUUCUUUCCUCUUUAAGAUAAUAUGUACACGAAAACCUCAAAGCCUUUCCCCAUAAGUUCCAGGAACUAGACGCAGCGACUUCUUCCCUUCACUUCAGUCCUUUCUCUCCUCAUUCCACACCAACAGUGUUGUCUGCACUAGUAUCAUGUCUCCAAUUCUUCACCUAGUCAUUCUUUUCGUUUUCUUCGUGUCCAUCACUUUGUCACGUUCACACCCUCAAGGAAGCCAGCCCCGCACUACGUCACCCCUUCCAGUAGCACCAUCGACACCAAGGCCAGCUACGGUAAGAGGCUCAACGCCAUCUCGUACAACAGGAACUACAAAGACACAAGCGUCUCAUGGCGCCAUCAGGGGUACUGGAUUGAUUCCUCCACAAGGCGAUCACCCAGAAUGGUCCUACCGCAAUGGAGAAUACAUUCGCGACCAACAGGAUCAUUUUCGAUUUCAUUGCUAUCUAGCCAUGUCGCCGUACGGAGACUAUUCUCACAAAUGCCCAAUAGCAUUUCCUGGCGGCUUCCAGGUCUUGCAACAUUUCAGUGGAGGUUACAUCGCUCGAGUGGAAGAAAUGGAGAAAGUCGUUAUCGUUUUUAAGGGCUUCGCAACCUACCAAGACGUUGAUUUAACCCCGGCUUCAGUUUCUAGCUUUGUAUCUGACUGUGCCGACUGCAUGGUUGCAGCCGGAGUCAGAAACCAAUACCUACGCCUGAAGGCCGAGACGAAUGAUUUUGCUGUGGCUAAAAAUGCUGUCGUGACUUCGACAAACAACGGUGGUAAACAAAUGUUGUUCUCCGUUACUGGAUUGGGAUGGGGCGGUGCGCUUGCAGCCCUUUGUGCACUCGAGCUCGGGUCACAAAAUUGGGUCCAUUACUCUCACAAUUCGGGUACACCGCGCUUUAUGAACGACGCAGCUGUUCUCAGAUACGACAAUCUUUUCCAAUUCCUUGCUGGUCAAAGUGUAGUUUCCAACAAUGAUUACGCUGUUCAGUACGUGCCUAAGGGUGUUUAUUCACACAUUGGACAAAAAGUGAGAAUCCAUGGUGAAAAGUCACAGUGGUAUGUCAACUGCUUUGGAAACAAUGAAAAUUCAACAUGUCUCGGAGAUGGAUCAAGUUCUGCCGAUCACACCUUUUAUUUCACCCCGAUCGGUCAGUGCGGUUCUGCGGACAAAGGAUUUUAAUACUUCUCAAACUCGCUUUGUUUCCACCUACACGAGCCCCCCAUUGGGUUUGGGGGCUCAUGGACAUCCACUAUUUUGUCAAUUCUGUGCUUGUGUUGGCACAUUUCUUUCUUCUGUUUGAUUGUUUAUCCUCAGGAUUCUAGGACCAUCUUAGAUAUCCAUAAUGAAAUAAGAUUUUGGAAAUUUUUUGCUUC